CAUCGCAUCUCGGAGGGACGCAACAGCGUAAAGUACCGCAAGUGGAGGUCAACAUAAAGACAUCAAAGGAAAAUAAAAAGCAUAAACGAGAUGCUGUUAUAAAACUAGAAGUUGAUUAUGUUCCCAUCAAUGCAAGUGAUCCAUUUCGUAAAUGGUAACAAAAUUAGUGGACAGUCGUGAUUGUGAAUUUUAUUUGGCUACACUUUCGAAGCGGUUACCUGCUCAAUGACGGCUGAAGAAAGUACGAUGAUGCAACCAUAGCGAGAGAUAAUGUCCAUCAAUAUUACGGUGCACAGUUCACACGCACCAUCGUCCUCCGGUGCAAAUCCGUUUGCAAGUUUGGACAGUGUCCGAAAGGCCGAAAAUGAUAAGCUACGAAAGGCACGUCUGGAACAGGUUAGACAACAGUCUAAACAAUUGGCGGCAAAAGUACGACAGAAUUUCAAAACUGGUAAACAGAAGGAGCUGGCCAAUGUACAAAAGUUGAGAGAAACGGAAUUGAAAAAUUGGAAGCAAAAGCACAUAGCCAAAUUGCAGGCAGAUUAUCAACACUGCUUGGAGGAUGUCGGUGAAGCGCAUAAAGCUGCGGAAGCAGCCGAGCAGUGUGAGGUUUGGUUUCAGGAGAAAAAAGCCGCUCAGCAGGCAGUUGCACUUCAACGGGGAAGGCAGGCUGAACUAAAACAAGCGAAGGAAAACCAGAAUCGGGAGGACAUGAAAGCUAAGAGAAAGAAGGAAUACAUUCCAACUAAAUCGAUUGCCGUGCAGGUUUCCGUUCCGACGGAACAGAAGAAAGAUGUUCCGGUUCAGGUGGAAGAUAGUAGUGCUUAUGCUAAUACAUUAAGUGCCUUUGAACAAUUUAAGAAAGGAUCGAAGGCAAGCUCUGUUCCAGAUUUACACGGUCGUGAUCGCCCAAUGUCACCUGGUUUCUCAUCAUCGGAUGAGGAACUGCUACUUUGUACGGAUAAAAACAAAGAGAACAUUUCCAAUAAACAGAUAGACACACUUUACUAUAAUCCCACAUCCUUCACCUCACCGGAAACAAUUCAACAACAAUGUUGUUCGAUUAAACAACAGCCGAUAAAACCUUUUACACAAGUAUCGGAAUUUGUCAAACGGCGUCGGGAGGAGAAGACCAGAAAAUACACUCAUCCACAAGCUACUGUCUCAAAAGAAAAUCCAACAUAUUCGUCCCAAAAAGUACAAUUUGACAAUCUAAGCGAAAAUACUUUGUCCUUUCCCACGAGUACAGUUAUGGAUCGAUCGAUAUUGGAAUCACCGCGCAAGCCGGUGCAGAAACUGGUAGAGGUACCGAAAGCAAUUCCCAUCAAAACCCAGAAGAGUCCUUCCAAGCAAUCGACGUCGGCAGCCACGGGUUCGAGUUUGGCAGCCCCCACUUCCAAAGUGCAGUACUACGAUUUUAACACCAAAUACCGAAAGGAAUACGACCAGCCGAGUGCGUUUGUACAGCGAAAUGACAAACCGAAACAAGGGGAGCUGAACGCCAUGCAGGAAGCCAGCCGCUUAGAGCGAUUGCAAACUGACAUGCUGAAUGCAAGAAGAAAUCUGCCAGUGGGGCCUGAUCGAUCGCAGGUUGCCCUGGAAAAACUGCAAAUCCGUAAGGAUUAUGAAAAUUUGCAGCUGGAGCUGGACAAACUAGUUAGGGCCGAAUCACAAGUCAAAGGCCUUGAUGUGACAAGUAAGCCGCUAAUGACUGAAGCUCGUCAACGCCAACAUUCGGAGGCCCGUCAGAAGCGCAUGAAUCAAGCCGUAGAAGACCUAUUAAAGCAACGGGUACUGAUCACCUGUCCAAUUGUUCGAAAUCCACCAAAAGAAGUUCAGUUGAAAAACCGACCGUCGCAAAUAAAUGUUGCUGCGGGAAAAAAGUAUGCUGCACAAUUUCCGGAGGAUGAUUCCAACCACCGAGAAGUCACCAACAGUUCAGAUAGUUGUAGCACGAUCAUGCUGGGAUACGAUCAGGUUGGCGAACGUGCUGGAAUUCCUUUGCCAGAAGAAGAUAAAGUUGCCAGAUUGAAAGAUUUGUUGCAAAAAGUAAACGAGCAAAAGAAGUUGAUUACAGAGGAACUAAAAAAGGAGGAGGACAUUGAACAGGAACUGAAAUCUUCAACUGUAAAGCUAAAAUCGACAAAAAGUCAGACUGAUAACGGGAUCAAAAAAUUGCAGCAGCGGCAGAAAGAGCUCGAGGAGCAACAGAAACAUUUGCAUGAAAAGGAAAAAGAAAUUCAUGAGCUGGAGAAACAACUAAAAGAAAAACUGAAUCGAUUGGAGAAGGAAAAAUCCAAACCGAAAGUUCCAAUUAUUAUAGAAACAAAGGGUGCUGCAAGUGCCAAUGUUCAAAAGGUUGUGGAAAUUUCCUCUACUGGAUCGAACGAUAGUAUUCAAUCUGGAUCCGAUAUUCCAGUAAAAAUUGUUAUUACAGUAAACGAUAAAUUGCAUAAGAAAGUUAAGAAAACUCCCAAAAAAGUGCUUUCAGAAGCUAGGAAAAGAAAGAAGGCUAAGGACGCCGUUGAUCAACCCAUGGAACCGCUAGAAUCUCCUCCGAUAUUACCAAAAAAGGUAGAGGAAACACUUACGAAGCAGGCUGAAUCUCAUAAUGUUCAUUCAAAGCCACCGGAACCUCUUCCAAAGCCACCAGAAGUUGUUCAGGAACUAACGGAAGCAUCGCCAAUCAGUUCGACAACUUCAACCAUUUACCGACAGCUACCGCCCAAAAUUGAUAACCGUGUAGGAAAACUCUUGAAGGAAUUGUCUGACUCCAAUAAUCAACCACAAAAGCAAACAAAACCCCAACGCUCUUCAUAUGCCCCAAAGCAUCAACUGAAAAAGACAACUCCUCUUCCAAAACCACCAGCCUCCCAACCUCAACGUGGGCAACAUUUCAAUCCCAAUCUCAUGCAGUACAUUGUCCGAUUAUUGGGCAUGUCACGACAAUCUAUCGAGCAACUUGGAGUCAGUUCCUCAACGUCUGUGUCAACACCGCACGACUCUGUUGUAAACGUCAGCGCCAAUCAAUCUAACAGCGUCGUCGAUGAACAAUCCAGAGGGGAUCAGUCACGGAUGGAAAAGCUGAGACGAUUCAUCGAUGAAAAUUAUAACUUCCUCAAUGAAAUCGACGAAACCCUUCAAGACCAACAACUGAAUGGAACGGCGGAUGAGAACAUCAGUCGCGUGGAGGACGUUUGGAUGAAGACGCUCAGUCGAAAAGAGCAAGAAAUUCGCCGGGAAAAAUCGAAUAUUUCAGGACCCCCCGUUGAACAAUCACCUCCGGUAAAGGACAGUUCGCUUAAAUCAAUUCUCAAGUCUCCGAAAAAGGCGCCGGCUAAGGUUGCAAAAAUUAUAACUCCGCAAGGUCACGUGGAAGUAAUCGAUUUGGACGACGAUCGUGAACAGGAAGUGCUGGAAAAGUAUUCACACCUGGCCGAGAAUUGUAGUAAAAGAAUUUCCGAACUUUCGGAAAUGAUCCAAAUGCGCGAAGAGAAGAAGAAGCUAAUUGAAAACAGCUUAUCCUCUAGCGAGCAGCCGGAAUCAUCCACCAAGUAUCUGGAUUUACCACGACCACCGCAAAGAGCGCCUGCAGUUCAAACCAGUCCUCAGUUGGCCAGGGACGAUCCCGUCAGUGAGGAGAUCAACAACAUUUUCACCAAUUCCAGACAGAUUGGACUCAGUAAGGACAGCGGAAUUGCAAUGUCACGCCCGGUGACGUCUUCCGACUAUCGUGACAGUCCAGAUAACAGACCACCGAAUGCCGGCGCUCCCCAGUUCGAAUCUUCCGAAGAUUUAAGCUCCCGCGAGGUUGCAGCACCAACCAUAUCAGUUGGGUUUGAACCUUUGCUGAAGGACAUUCCAAAGGUAUCCGCAAUGUUGCCUCCCGAUGAAUUGAACCCUCAACCCGUGGCCCCAGUCGUCACCCAAGAACUUCAUAGAGAUAUUCCUUUAGCAAAACGCACAAAACCCCCUGUUGCGAUAACUCGAUACAGCCCUCAAUUGGAGGAAUCCGUUGCUGCACAUGAGUUGUCUACGAUUCCCGAGGUCGAAACUCCGCUAGCCUCGAAGACCAAUAUUUCAGUAGUGCCUAGCGAGAAGCUGGAUCCUGCCGAACAAAUCCUCGUAGAGGUUCGCGACAAACUCCUUGAACAUGCUCGUGCACUUGGAUACGAGAACUUUCCCAACUAUCGAGAAUAUGUUCGCGAGCAAAACUUGGAGGGCACUCGAUAUGACCCGGAAAAGACUAAUUAUACACGUUUGCACGAAUUAUUGGAAGCUACCGACAAAAGUGACCUACGUUACAAGAACUUUCCCGUCCCGGCUCCGGAAAUGAACAUUACCGAAGAAAGUGCCGCCAUUAACAAUAAAAAAGCUGAACUGGAAAGCAAUUCUAGCUCCAGUACGACACUCCCGGACGUGGUAGCUGAACUGAAACUUCGAAAAAUCAUCGACAAAUCAUUUGACAAUUCUCUAGACGACUCCAAUCUAUCCACACCGGAUUCUGGUUCAGUGGAAUUUCUUCAUCCAUUGCCGGAAAAAUCCGUUUUCAAACCUCAACAAAAUCACACCUCCGCCUCGGAAACAAGCGAAUCCCUUCAACGUGACCUAAAUCAACUCGGUCUGCGUUGGGCUUCGAGCAUGCUCAAAAAGAACCAACAAGCCCACCUUCAAGAACAUUCCAGCAGUUCAUCCCUCUCACCGGCCGAAGAUAUUCGCCGCCUUUCAUCCAGAAAAUCGAAACCGUUACCAUCUCUUCAAGCCGACCCGAAUGAAUCGCAUAACACAACCACCGGGAAGCCCCUAAAUCUGAGAGAAUUCGUCGCCCGUGAACUGAUGAUACGCACCCACUCCGAUUUGAACUCCCUCUCGGAUUCGUCCAGUCCCUGUAGUAUGCUGCUGCGAUCAUUACUGGAUAUAAGUCACAUCAACACUUCGACGCCGGAACUGUUAACACACACGACCGACAAAAACGUUCAGCGAACGUCCACCCCGGUGGCAACGAAAUCGUCCUCCGCCGGAACGAAGGAUGGCAGUUUGAACGUAACGAAUGGAUUAUUUUCCGGCGAGUCCCGAAUUUCGUCUGUUCAUAUGAGUUCGUCUUCGGGAGGGGAGCACAAACUGACCGUUCCGAAUGUGCGGCUAGACGUGGAUAAGUACACCAAGGGACGGAACAACGACAACCAAUAGUUGGAAAAAUCUACAUAAACAUUUAUAUAUUUGAUAGAGGAUUAUUUUAAUAAUAAAAGUGCCUUGCAGCAAUGUUUUACUUGAAUCGACGAUUUCAAUCGAAUUUGACGCUCAACAGUGAGAUACAAAGUUGAUAGGUUUUAAAUUAUGAGCACUAUGUGAGAGCUCAUGAUCAGUGAAUUAAAUUGUUAGUUUUAAGUUUUGUUUGGUAUAAAAGAUUAAGUUUUAGCUCAAAAACACUGCUCACACAUCUAUGUACAUCUUAGGAUUAUUGUCUAUAAUUUUUAGGAAGUAACAAAUUAUGCACUGUUAGUCAUAGGCAUGUGAAAGCAUUUAUUAUAUUGAAUAAAAUAAUUAAUACGUUUUGUAACUGACUAAA